GAGUAGAGUGAUGGAAGCUUGAUUUCCUUUUCCUAUUACCAUGUUACCAUGUACCAGAAUUUGCGUUAGUAUGUGUUCAUAAUUCAUCACCAGCACCCAAUUCUAUUCCACGUUUAAUUCCCUCAGCUACGUACCAUUAUUAGCAAACACUGUUUCAUUUCUUCGUACCCAAGUUUUCCUUUCACUCCCACAACACAUGUAAAUUCAAAGCUCUUCUUAAUCACAUCAAAUGUCGUCUUCCAUUUGAAUCAUGGCCACUGCUAAUCCGACAUGUCCACCACCAAUGAAGGCCACCUCCAACGGUGCCUUCCAACAUGAAAAUCCAUUGGAUUAUGCGCUUCCCCUUCUAAUCCUUCAGAUAUGUCUCGUCGUUGUCUUCACAAGAUUGCUUGCAUUCAUUCUCAAACCUCUCAGACAACCCAGAGUCAUUGCAGAGGUUAUUGGAGGGAUAUUACUUGGGCCAUCAGCGAUUGGGAGGAAUGAGAAAUUCCUGAACACGAUUUUCCCCAAGAAAAGCUUAACUGUGCUUGAAACUGUGGCCAAUCUGGGUCUUCUGUUCUUCUUGUUUCUGGUGGGGCUUGAGCUUGACAUGCGUUCGAUACGCAGAACUGGUCACAAGGCCUUAGCCAUUGCCGUUGCAGGCAUCACAUUGCCUUUUGUGCUCGGCAUUGGCACCUCCUAUGCUCUUCGAGCCACCGUAUCCAAAAAGGCUAAUCCAACCUCGUUCCUUAUUUUCAUGGGUGUUGCCCUCUCCAUCACUGCUUUUCCCGUCCUUGCACGCAUCCUUGCCGAGCUCAAACUCCUCACAACUGAUGCUGGUCGCAUAGCAAUGGCAGCAGCUGCUGUGAAUGAUGUUGCAGCAUGGAUACUGCUCGCUCUUGCCAUAGCUCUCUCUGGCUCUAACUCAUCCCCUCUUGUUUCCUUGUGGGUCAUACUCUGUGCUGCUGCUUUUGUCCUCUUGGCUAUCUUUGCCUUAAAUCCCUUGCUCACAAUGAUGGCCAAGCGUUCCCCUGAGGGUGAACCAGUGCAAGAGAUUUACAUAUGCAUCACCUUGACACUGGUCCUGGCUUGCAGUUUUAUCACUGAUACCAUUGGCAUUCAUGCACUGUUUGGAGCUUUUGUGGUCGGCAUAGUCAUGCCAAAGGAUGGUCCUUUUGCUGGGGUGUUGAUCGAGAAGAUAGAGGACCUUGUGAUGAGUCUGUUGUUGCCACUCUAUUUUGUCUCCAGUGGUUUGAAGACUGAUGUGACAACCAUUAGGGGAACACUUUCUUGGUGUAUGCUGGUGCUUGUUAUAUUCACUGCUUGCUUUGGAAAGAUCAGUGGCACAUUCGUUGUGUCACUUCUAUGUAAGGUUCCUUUUAGAGAAGCCUUGGCUCUUGGAUUUCUCAUGAACACCAAAGGCUUGGUGGAGCUCAUUGUUCUCAACAUUGGCAAGGAUCGCAAGGUUCUGAAUGAUCAGACAUUUGCAAUCUGUGUAUUGAUGGCACUGUUCACCACUUUCAUCACCACCCCAAUAGUGAUGGCAGUGUAUAAACCAGCUCGAAGGGGAUCACCAUACACGCAUAAAACAGUUCAACGCAAGGAUCCAGACACAGAGCUAAGAGUGCUGGCAUGCUUCCACAGUACCUACAACAUUCCCACCUUGAUCAAUCUGAUAGAGUCAUCCCGGGGAACCAGAAAGCGUGGAAAGCUGUGCGUGUAUUCCAUGCACUUGAUGGAACUCUCGGAGCGACCAUCAGCCAUCACAAUGGUUCACACGGCACGCAACAACGGCAUGCCCUUUUGGAACAAAAAGCACGAUAACAAAGAUCAAAUGGUGGUUGCAUUUCAGGGUUAUGGCCGUCUAAGCAGCGUCAACGUUCGUCCCAUGACAGCCAUAUCCGCCUUCAGCAGCAUGCACGAAGACAUCUGCACCAGUGCACACCAAAAGCGAGUGGCACUCAUUCUCCUCCCUUUUCACAAACACCAACACUUUGAUGGGACGAUGGAGUCACUGGGAAACUCAUUGCGUGCAAUGAACGGCCAUGUCCUCAGCCGUGCUCCUUGCUCUGUGGGAAUUUUGGUUGAUCGUGGACUUGGAGGUACAAGACAAGUCCAAGCCAGCGAUGUGUCGUACGAUGUUGUUGUAGGGUUCUUCGGAGGAAGAGAUGAUCGUGAAGCACUUGCAUAUGGAAUGAGACUUGCCGAACAUCCUGGUAUCUCACUCACUGUAGUGAAGUUUGUGGCUGCACCUGGUCAAACAUUCGCCUUUGGUGCAAAAUUGAUUGGUAUAACAGCGAACAAGGACAGGAAGAUAAUAAACGUGGAUCAGGGAACAGGUAAUAGUGACGAAGAUAAACAAGAGGAUGAACAGUUUUGGUCGGAGUUCAUGAGUGUGAGAUCUAACAACACGGAAUCGAUUAAGUACGAGGAAAGAUUGGUAGACAGCAAAGAAGAUUUGAAAGCAGUGUUGAGGGAGAAGAAUCGGAGCAAUCUUAUUUUGGUUGGUAGAAUGCCGCAAGUGGCUCCUUUGGUAGAAAAAAGUGAUUGUCCCGAACUUGGUCCCAUUGGAAGCUAUUUGGCUUCUUCUGAGUUUUCCACUUUGUCUUCAGUUUUAGUGUUGCAGCAAUAUAAUCCUGAAACUGAUGUUUAUCCGAUGGUUAUGGAGGUUUCUGAUUACAUGGAUGUGCCAGACACACCAACGGGUUUGAGUUUGUCCAGUUAAAGUUGUUUCUGGGUGUUUGUCGUGUUAUAAAGUUUCAUGUGUACAACAAAAAUUUAGAAUAAAACAAACAUAGUUCGGUGUUCAA